UUACUGUUCCAUCCCUUCAACCUGCGCUGCUGACUGCACACAUACCCACAGUACUGACGCGGCCCUCCCGGUCAGAAAGUGCUGUGAUUUCAGGCGCAAAAGAGCGCGGAACACCUGUAUUGAGCGGUAUACGAGCGCAGAAUAACCGCGCUGUGAUCGUCUGUUAAACGAGAGCGAGCACACGCCGCACACGGGGGUGCAGAUGUAAGGGAAUAUACCUGCAGACUACAGCUGCCACACUGAUGACAGAGCAAGAGGGAAGUCAGUUAGCCAGCUAACCAGCCAGAGCUAAACUCGACUAUCAGGCAGGUAAAUGUACGGCGAUCUGGACGGUUCAGCAACAACGUGCAACUCAAGCAUCUGAACGGAGCCGGCCGUCCACUACAGAGAGUAUUUCGCAGACUGCACAGCUAUGAGGAGGGUGACAUUGCGCUGUGCUGCCCGGCUCGUCUUCGCAGCUUUGUGGCUGUUGGUGGAAGAGUGUCGGGCUGAGAGCGGGGCCCCAAGUCUGGCCGAGCGAGUCAUCUGGGCCGUAAACUCCGGCGGGGAUGCGCACACGGACAUACAUGGCAUUCAUUAUAAAAAAGAUCCACUGGAAGGAAAACUGGGUAAAGCAUCAGACUACGGGGUCCGUCUGCCGAUCCUGCGCUCCAGCCCGGAGGAUCAGAUUCUUUACCAGACAGAGCGAUACAACGAGGACACAUUCGGUUACGAAGUACCCAUAAGAGAAGAAGGAGACUACAUACUGGUCAUGAAAUAUGCUGAGGUGUACUUUGCCCAAUCUCAACAAAAGGUUUUUGAUGUGCGUUUAAAUGGCCACGUUGUGGUGAAGGAUCUGGAUAUCUUUGACCGAGUGGGUCACAGCACGGCUCAUGAUGAAAUAGUGCCAUUCUCAAUAAAAAGAGGGAAACUGAGUGUGCAUGGCGAAGUUUCCACGUUUAAUGGGAAACUCACAGUAGAGUUUGUUAAGGGUUACUAUGACAACCCCAAGAUAUGUGCACUCUAUGUGAUGAAGGGCAAGCUAGAGGAUGUGCCUAAACUGCAGCCACAUCCUGGACUGGAAAAGAGAGAGGAAGAGGAGGAUGAAGAGGACGACGUCGAGGGAGGAGAAAGCGAAAAAAAGAGCGCCACCACCUCUCCCAAGAAUCCGGUUCGGUCCGGGCCACGCACCCCUAACCCGUACGCCACUGAUAACAGCAGCCUGAUGUUCCCUAUACUAGUGGCGUUCGGGGUCUUCAUCCCAACCCUCUUCUGCCUCUGCCGCCUGUGAGGGGAACAAGUGAACGAGAGGGGGAGAGAGAGAGAGGAGAAACGAUGGACAUCAGGCUGUGAAGGGGUGGGGGGAGGGGCGCAACGAGGGACACACAGCCGUGGGGACAGGCAGAAUAUAGACUGACAUUACAACAGAGAGAGAGAGAGCAAAAGGGGGGCGAGAGACACUAGAAACAAGGAGGUUUCAGAUAUUGCUGGUUUUUGGAAGGGGAGACCCGGAGCAUACGGGGAUUUGGAGCGCAAGUUCAUUUUAUGUGUGUGUUUGUGCUUGUGUUCGUACACGUUUAAUACUAAUUUUAGUUUGAGGAGAUCCUGAGAGGUACUGAUUAAAUGCACUUGCACACACACAUGCAGCAGGACUAACCACUUUACAAACCUGGUUUGUCUGGUCUAGCAGGAGAUGGAGCUGGAGACACUCCUAGAUCACGUGUCCCAACUCAUGGAAACUUAUUGGCUAGGAGUGCUUUUCUGAUCAGCGGUGGCGUUGAUCUGCUGAUUUGUUUUUUUGGGGGGUUUUUUGGCCUCUAGUGGGAGGCAGAAAUGGUACAUGAAUUUUCCGAACCCGUUUGAUCAUUUGGUUAAUGCAUCUAAAUCUCAGUGGCAGUGAUUGGAGACCUUGGUUUCCUUUUACCUCACUUUUUAUUUCCCCUCGCACUCACACGAGCUACUAUCAUUCAUUUCCUGCGGCUUAUUUUCUUUCUUUGAUUUUUAAAAAGCAUAAAUAUUCAGAAUUGUCUGCUGACCUGCUUUCUCAUCUUCAGUUGCGUGUUUUCAGACCGCAGCAACACGUCUCCUCGAUCCGCGCAGGGGAGAUAUUAUUUUUCCCAUUUAUUACCUGCAUGUGUUCGGUAUUUAAUAAAACAUUUUUAUUUUUGAAAGAGGGCAUAUUUGCUUCCCUCUAGGCGGGAACAUGAGUUCAUAACAAAGAGAGUCACGCGCUGGCUUUUGAGUCCCAGAAACUAGAUCGUAUUGGACUAAAGUCUUAAAUCCUCUUUCUCAUUGGUACCGAUGUAUCUGGGACGGCAUCUUAUUGGUUAACGCAAAUGCGGUGUCUUAAUUACAUCACAAAAAGCACCUAAUACACCUAUUAUAGUUGUUCGGUCAGGAUGCUCUUUGUUAUAUUUGCUCUUGUGUUUAACCAAACAGGCCGUUUUUAACAAUACCACCAAAGAUUCUUGGAUUUGUGUUACACACAAUACCACCAGCAUGCUUGUGGUGGCGAAUCGACAGCUGUAGCCUGGUUGAGAAACGGUUUGACAGAUACAUGCCUGCCAUACACUGUGAAGUUUGGAUGCAGAAGCAUGAAUUUUGUGCUCAAGGUGGCAAAUUUCAGUGCUUUCGUUUAGCUUUCGUUAACAUUUGCAUUCCACCUCAUCCAUCUUUUUACUUAGCAUGUAACUGGUAUACUUUUUGUCCUAGUAUUUUUAUUUUUUUUUCCCUCUGCAUCUCUCGUUUUGUUUUUGCUGCUGUUUCUUUCGAGCAAGCCUGCCUUAAAAUGUGAUUUUUAUUUUAUUUUUUUUGUGUGUGUGCUAUCGAGAGACCAGCUCUCACACUGCGGAAACCAUCAGACCACGAUCGAGUAUUCAUGCCACUGUGCUGUCUGACGUGCGAGUGCUGUGUGUCAGUCCGAACCCGUCUCUCGUGUGAAUUUAGGAAAUGAUCUUGGCCUUCACCUUCUCGAAAGGAGUCGGGUGAGAGGGCAGGUUUUGCCUUGAUUAGCUAUUUCUGUACCACAAAACAAUCACGAAAACAUUGAGGCACCUUUUUUCAUUCAUCAGAGUUGCAGAAAGUUGAUUGCUUAUCGUCGCCAAAGUCGUUUUCUUUUACACGGUGCAUGUGUAUAUAAGGUACUUGGUUUGUUGUGCCAUACGGUUAUUUUUCUCUUUAGGAUAUUGUUCUUUUUUUUUUCUUUUUUUUUUGUUUGUGUAAUUGCUAUUGCUAUUGGGGUGGCUGGGUUUUUAAAUAUCUUGCCUAGUGGAGGAGUGGCCUUGAAAAUAGCUUUGGUUGUGGAUGUGGUCUAGAUAAUGACAGUGAUUUGAUUUGCAGCCACAUAGACACACUGACCGAUUGUCAGAAAGAGCUCGGAUCGUAUUAAGUUUAGGUAAUUUACAGUUGGGUUUUUAUGUUGUGUAAUUUAAGCAAACGGAAAUGGGCUGAAUAUUAAAAAUAUUGAAAGACUUUAUUUUCCAGAAGUAGUUGUUUUUUAUUUCCUCAGGAUCUUUUGAAUUUUUUUUUUUUUUUUUUUAUGAUGAGUCUUUUAUUAGUGUGAAAUAUUGCACUGCCUGAUGUUGUUUUAAAAGCAUUUUGUUUGUUUGUUUGAUGUGAUUUUUUUUUUUUUAUUAUUAUUAUUUUUUUCUUCUGUUUCUUUUUGUUAUGCAUUGUGUACUUUUGAUUCCUUGUUGCCUUAAAUUUGAAUACAUCCUCAUGUGCUUUACCAUUUUGUGCUCUCUGAUCUUUAUUUCCACCGUUUAGGUUGAUUUAUUGCAUGAUUGAGUUUUUAAUUGUUUUAUCAUCUAAAAACACAUUUGUUUAGUUUGUCCUCUACAAAUGCACAACUUCUUGGACAAUAGCCAAAGACCACAUGGAGGCCUUUCAUUGUGUCCUCCUUCAUAAAGAGCUCAUGUGAAUUUCUCCAUGCCGCAUAAACUGCUGCAUUUACGAGGGAUGUAGUUUCUCUGUUAACGUUAGUCGUGUUCAACUACCUGUCCCCUCUUGAACCUCCUCCCUCAGAACUGUAGAGAACAUGGGAACUGGUGAAAUAGUAUUGGAACGGUUAGCACCCACACUGUCUUUAGAGAAGGCUUCUGAAGUGGGAACUGCAAAUUGAUGCUGUUUCUUUUUAAUAAAUGUGCUAUUUUAUCUAA